GAACGCCUGGUCCGCCGGCCGGCGCCGCCCGCCGUGGGUCGUGGUUUCGUGGAGCCGAGCCGCCUCGGCGAUCCCCACUCCAUCGUGCCACUCUUCAAAGCCGCAACGCCCUCAUCUCAGUGCCGGACUGCCGGUACGCGCGCGGCCCUGCGCGCGGAGAAACCCACCUGAGAGCGCGGCCGUCGCUGGCAGCGAAGCACGCCCCGCGUGGCAGCAGGCAUGCCGCCCGGGCUGGCCUUUCCCAUCCGCGGCCGCCGGCUCUCGACCGCAGCCGCCGCCACGCCGCUCUCCAGCCUCACCGACGCGCUCCUAGCCACCAGCCUCGCGACCCACCUCCUCGCCACGCCGCACCUGCCCGCCGCGCUGCUGCCCUCGGCGCCGCUGCCGCUCCCUGUCCACCUCCACAUCCUCCGCCACCCGGCGCUCCCGCCGGCCUCCAAGCUCUCCUUCUUCCUCGCCGCCACGCCGCCGGCAUCCCCGCUCCUCGCCUCCACCUUCCCCGCCCUCCUCCGCGCGCUCGCCGCGGGCUCCCCGCCGCUCCUCGACGAGCUCCUCCCGUUCGCGCUCUCCUGCCCGUCCCCUGCCGCCCUCCUUCCCGCGCUGCUCGCGUCGCUCCUCUCCGCCUCCCGCCUCGACGCCGCGCUAGCCCUCUUGGACGCCGCGCCGCCCGACCUCCUCCCCCGCCUCGCCGCCGCUGCUCUCCCUUCCCUCAUAGCCUCCCCGGACAUUAUCGCGGCCGUCCCCGCCAUCCGCAGGCUACUUCCCAUCGCCUCCCACCCACCGCCCGUCCGGGCCACGAACCGCCUCAUUCUCGCCUUGUCAAAGGAGAACCUCUGCGAUGACUUCCGCCAUGUGUUCGACGAAAUGUCGAGGAGGGGCCUCCCGUCGAAUGUAAGGUUCUACAACAUUUGCAUCCACGCGUUUGGCAAGUGGAGGCAGCUGGAUAUAUCGCUGAGGCUUUUCGCAGCAAUGAAGGCUGCCACUCCUCCUGUUGUGCCGGACAUAUGCACGUAUAAUUCGGUCAUCCGGGCGCUUGUGGUUGGUGGGCGGAUUACUGAUGCUUUGGUGACCUUCGACGAAAUGAAGUCUUCUGGAAUUGAGCCUGAUGUGUUCACUUAUCGAGCAAUCAUGAAUGGGUGCUGCAAGAGUUUUCGGAUGGAUGAUGCAUUGCGUGUGUUUCAGGAGAUGCGGGGCAGCAGUGGGGUGAGUGAUGUUGUUGUGUACAAUUCGCUUCUCAAUGGUCUGUUUAAAGCGAAGAAGCUUGAUGAGGCAUGUGGAUUUUUUGAGACAAUGGUGGCAGAUGGAAUCCAAUGCUCAGCGAGCACACACAACACUGUGAUCGAUGGGCUGUUCAAGAAUGGGAGGGCAGAAGCAGCAUGCCGGCUGUUUUAUGAGCUAAGAAGGAAAGGACAACUGUUGGAUGGCAUUGCUUAUAGUAUCAUGGUGCGGGAGUUCUGCAAGGAGGGGGUGGGGGAACAAGUUGCAGAGGCCCUAGAGUUGGUGAAGGAGAUGGAGCAGCAGGGCUUUGUUGUUGAUUUGGUUACCAUAACAUCGUUGCUCAUAGGUUUUAACAAGAGUAAACGUUGGGACCUGGAAGAACAAAUAGUAAAGUUUAUAAGGGAUGGCUCUGUAUUGCCGGAUGUCAUCCGGUGGAAAUCAAACAUGAUGGUUGCCUUGAGAGGCCCUCAGGACAGGGCAAAAGAUGGGAUGCCAAUGUUUUCCUUUGAUGGUAAUAUGGAUGACGUGAUGAGUUUGGUUGAUCCUGUAGGACGUACUGAUAUUGAUGAAGGACCCCCAAAUAAUGAUCCCAAGGAUGAUUGGUCAUUGUCACCACACUUGGAUCAUCUUGCUAAACGUGCUGACAGUUUGAACAGCUCUGAUAUAUUUACAAUGCACAGAGGGCAGCGGGUGCAAGGUAUGGGGGGCAAAACUUUUGAUGCUGACAUGAUCAAUACAUACUUGUCAAUUUUUUUAGCCAAAGGUAAGUUGAGUGUAGCUUGCAAGUUAUUUGAGAUCUUUACAAAUCUAGGAAACAAAGGGACAAGCUAUACAUACAAUUCACUGAUGACCUCAUUUGUCAAGAAGGGAUAUUUGAAACAGGUGUGGGCAAUUCUUCAUGAGAGGGGCGGACAGCUCUGCCCUAAUGAUGUAGCAACAUAUAAUCUAAUCAUUCAGGGUCUCGGCCAGAUGGGAAAAGCAGAGGUUGCUAGCACAAUUAUUGACCGGUUGUCGAAGAAAGGUGUUUACAUGGACAUUGUGAUGUAUAACACACUGAUAAAUCAGUUUGGGAAGGUUGGGAAGGUUGAAGAAGCAAGCUGUUUGUUUGAGCAGAUAAUCAGAAGUGGCAUGAAGCCAGAUGUUGUCACUUUUAAUACAUUGAUUAAUAUUAAUGCAAAAGCUGGUAGAUUAAAGGAAGCUGACAAGUACUUGAGGAGGAUGAUUACAGAAGGCAUUGCGCCAAACCAUGCCACAGAAACAAUAUUGGAUUUCCUUCAUAAGGAGAUUGAAAAGAAAAGGCAGCAGGACGAAUGAACUAUAGCAAUAAAAUAUGAACAAAAACAGUGCCAUAACUUCUGUUUUUGUAUGGAUCAUUCGAAGGCAUGUUCUUUCUAUAUUCAAACUGAAAAACUGCAAUACAAAUCACGAUUAUUGUUAUAAAACAUUUGGUACUAAUACAGUUCAGAAGGCUUGGCUGAACCACACUACUGGAGUGAUAAUCAUUUUCAGUAUGCUCACUGAUAUUCCUGCUUUUAUCAAGAAGGAAGAUGUCUGAUGUCUUGACAGUUUAGAGAAAUUACUGCAGGCUUCAUGUAAACAUGCUCAGAUGAUUAGGCAGCCUGUUGUCCAAAUGACAUGUCAAAUGCCACAAACUGCAUUAAUUGCAUCGAAUGGGAUCUUCCAGUACCACAUCUCAUAUCCAGAGUUGAUUUAAACUGCCAUGAGGUAAAUCUUGCAGUAUGCAAUUAAUUUUUUCCUUAAAUUUUUGGUUCAUUAUCGUUGGAGUUUUGUAUCCAAUAGAUGUUAGAUGGAUGAAAUUGCAGCAAUGUGCUCCCUCCGUUCCAAAUUAUAGAUCGUUUUAGCUUUUCUAGGUACAUAGUUUUUGCUAUGCACCUAGAUAUACACCUAUGUCUAGAUGCAUAGAAAAAAUUAUGCACCUAGAAAUGCCAAAAUGACCUAUAAUUUGGAACGGAGAGAGUAUAACUGUAUAACUAUAAUUACUAAUCACAAUUGUCUAUUGCAAAGUCAUUGUUAAGAAUGAAUUCCUAGAGUAUUGGAUAGUUGAAGUAUUCGGUAGGUACCUGUAGAUACUUCUGUUUUUUUUUUCUUUUCCCUUGUGUGAACUUUGGUGUUGCACAGACUCAGUCAUGCUCUCAUUUGUCUCUACAAGUGAUAUGUUGGGAGAUAUUGAUAGUUUUAGUUAUGUUGCAGUACGAGUUUCAAUUUUCUUCAGAUCAUUGUUUAAUUCAGUCGUUGAAUUCGUUUGCUCCCUUUUUUUGACAUGAAUAUGCUAUCAGUAUACAUGUGUCAACCAAAUGUUUGAAAUACGUUAUCCUACCUAUGCAUUCUUCUUCUGAACCAACAGAGCAAUCUUGGCUUCUCUUGUCAAACCCAUGGUAGCAAGUGCGACCUUUUUUUUUCCAAAUUUGCAACUUCCAGACUUUUAAGCACAGGAAACUGAGUCACAGAGCCAGAUCACUAUGAGCACAGGACUUUUAAGCUCAGGAAGAUCGAUGCUGGACAUCUUGUUGAAAAAGGCCCAUUCAAUCCUGUGACUCUGAAGCCAGUAUAAAAAGAUGCAUCCUUUCAGAAGUAGCAAUUCUGGUUAGGAGAAAUAUUUAAGAAUAACAUUGAACACAGCAUUAUUGCUCAUCAUUACUCUGUUUCAGUGUAUGCAGUGAUACAUUUGAUAUCCGUCACAUGAUUAUGUUCCUGUACCUAGGAUACUGAAGCAAUUAGUGUUCUAUAUCUGUAUGAAGUUUACUGACAUAAGGAGCUUGGCAAACGAAAUUUGUUAAGAAUUUUGGUCCAUAUUU